CACAGGGGGGUACCGGAGCAGGGGGCCUGUCAUUGUCCCCUCCACAGUAUAUAAGCGGACUGAGGCCAGUCGUGUGCCAGGCUCACCGGCUCGCACGAGCUGAUCCAGAGCAAAAAGACGCAAAGAGGCGCGUGCCGCUUAUCUUGCACCAAAACACUCCGUCCUGUUGGAUCUUUGCUCUGCAAAAUUUCUGCAGCUUCAGAGCAAACCCGCAUCCUCCGCUCUGCCAUGGACUCCGUCUACUCCGACAUCGACAGCAACAGCUGCGACUUCUUCCCCCACACCGACGACGAGGAGUCCCGCAGCAGCCCGCACUCCUCCUCCCUGGAAUCCUGCCCGUCGCGCUCCCCGGACCCCGAGCAGCAGCUUCAGCAGCAGAAGAAGCGGCGCCGCGGCCGCGCCCGCAGCGAAGCCACCGUGCAGGUGGUGAAGAAGAACCGGCGCAUGAAGGCCAACGACCGGGAGAGGAACCGCAUGCACAACCUGAAUGAUGCUCUGGACGCACUGCGCGGCGUCCUGCCGGCCUUCCCGGACGAGACCAAACUCACCAAAAUCGAGACUCUGCGCUUUGCGCACAACUACAUCUGGGCGCUGUCAGAGACGAUCCGCAUCGCCGACCUGCAAGCAGGAAAGACCAGCGACUCUCCUCUGCUGCUGAGCUCGGUGUGCCUCGCUGAGGCCCCGAGCCCUGGCAGCGACGCCUGCUCCUGGAGCUCCAGCGGCUCUUCGUCCUCCUCCUCCCCACCUUACUGCGCCUCUAGCCCCGAAAGCCCCGACGCGCCGGAGGACUACGGCUUCCUGCAGCAGGACGCGCUGUACGGCUUCCGCAGCUUCGUGCCGGGCAUCUACUGAGCCACAGGCCGCCGGAGGAGAGCCGCAGCCCCGCGGACAGACUCACAGACCAGAGAAAUGUAGAGACAAAUAACGGAAACAGCGGAACAGACGGACAGUUUCUGUUGGAAUAAGAUUCACUGUUUGCCUUAAUGAGCUCAUCUUUUUCACGUGUGUCUGCUGAUGGACUGUAAAUGAGAAUAACUUAACUUGUUCUUUGUUUAGUUGCUUUUUAUUUUGUGUAUUUCUCCUAAAACCUUUGCACUUUUUCCCUCCCCCAGUCUGCAUGUUACAGUCAGGUCUCCACAGAUCACAUCUUUUUGUAUCUCGGAGGUGAAAAGUCAAUUUUACAAUUUGUAGAGUGAUAAAGCAGAAAAGAGAGCGUGGAAAUCGAGUUUCAACGCUUCAAUAGAGUGAAUGGAGGUGCCCUCAUUUAUUAUGUAUUCUGCCCCCCCUCCCCCUCUGUUAGAUUAUUGUUGUUUUUUAUUUAUUUGACUCGUUUUGUUUUGUCACAUGAAAUUUGUAUUUUGUACAUAAAGAGAUUUUUAUUCUAUUUACUUGGAACCAGUUUUCUACAAAAUAAAGUU